CGGAAUAUUUUUAAGACAUUUUUUAUAAGAGCUUAAUGAUAAAUAGCCAAAUUUUCGUGAAAAAAGCCAAGCAGCCACCCCUAAUGCGAGUAAGAAACAGCGCGGGAAAACAGCUGUUUGCACUGCCUAUCGCCUAUCGAUAGCCGAGGUGACACAGCAGGCAGCUUUCGUGGCAGUGUGCCAAAUUGAAAUCAGCUGCCAGCUGAGAAGUGAGAAAUUAAAUAACAAUAACAAACGCGGGAAUAAUCACAGAAACCGAUGGCUUUGCGCAGUUCCCACCGCCUGAAAGUGUUCCUCAGGCGCUGCACUGCCUUCCCCGUAUUCAACACCCACGCUCCCAAUCGUAGGAGCAGCCAAAUACCAAGAAAAAGCGCCGAUCCAAACACCAAUGGCUACAGUGGGCAGGAUCGACACAAUGACGGUCAAAAUGAAAGUGGCUGGCGGAGAUUGGUGCGCUUCUUUGUGCCGUUUUCCCUGGGCGCAGUGGUCAGUGCGAUGGUUAUUAAGCGGGAGGAUCUGACGCCGACGAUCACCGCCUCCAAAAUGAGCGGUCGUCGACGGGACUUCAACUUUAUAGCGGAUGUGGUGGCUGGCUGUGCCGAUUCCGUGGUUUAUAUUGAAAUCAAGGACACCCGCCACUUUGACUACUUCAGCGGCCAACCGAUCACCGCCUCGAAUGGCUCUGGUUUCAUCAUAGAACAGAACGGUCUCAUCCUGACCAAUGCCCAUGUGGUGAUCAACAAGCCGCACACAAUGGUCCAGGUGAGGCUUUCCGACGGCAGGACCUUUCCCGCCACCAUCGAGGACGUGGAUCAGACCUCCGAUCUGGCCACUCUGCGUAUACAGGUAAACAAUCUGUCUGUGAUGCGACUGGGCAAGAGCAGUACCCUGCGAUCCGGCGAGUGGGUGGUGGCCUUGGGCAGUCCGCUGGCCUUGAGCAACACGGUCACAGCUGGCGUGAUCAGCUCCACGCAACGUGCUUCCCAAGAACUUGGUCUUCGAAACAGGGACAUUAACUACCUGCAAACUGAUGCGGCCAUUACUUUUGGCAACUCCGGCGGACCCUUGGUUAAUCUGGAUGGCGAAGCCAUUGGGGUUAACUCGAUGAAGGUGACUGCAGGAAUCAGCUUCGCCAUACCCAUCGACUAUGUGAAAGUGUUUCUAGAACGGGCUGCCGAGCGGCGCAAGAAGGGCUCGGCGUACAAAACUGGCUACCCUGUAAAGCGGUACAUGGGUAUCACCAUGCUGACGCUCACUCCAGACAUCCUGUUCGAGCUCAAGUCUCGCAGCCAGAACAUGCCCAGCAACCUCACGCACGGAGUGCUCGUGUGGAAGGUCAUCGUGGGGUCACCAGCGCACAGUGGCGGCUUGCAACCCGGCGACAUAGUGACACACAUAAACAAAAAGGAGAUUAAGAACUCUUCGGAUGUCUACGAUGCCCUGGCAGACAAUAGCAAAACCUUGGAUAUAGUGAUCCUGCGUGGCGUCAAACAGAUGCAUGUGACCAUAACGCCAGAGGAUCCCUAAUGAAACCGGUGUUACGCACCUGUAAGCUUCGAUCAACUACCAUAUUGUGUUUGCCUGACUUGCAAUAUAUAUAUAUAUAUUUAUAAACGAAAUCGACCGAUCCUGGGAAGAAAUCGCUGACAAUCCCACCACACACACGCUCCUAUUCCAAAUCGAGUGCCUGCCUAUAUUUGUCACUGGCUAACGAGUAGGGAAAUUUGCAUAGAUCGCGGGCUCGUUAUCAGUGGCCAUUAUUAACAGCGACACGACCAUAAGUUAAUCUACGCAUCGUAUGGCACAAAAAUGUAUCUCCGACUGGGUCGAUUGGGUCGUCUGUCCAUUUCCGAACAUCAUCGAUUUCUCUUUCAUGAGGCGCUGUGCGUGUCUCCAUCUUCCUGUCCGUCCGAUUGUCCCCAUCCAACAACGACAAAAAUGUAUUUACGCUAAUUGAAAUAUCUCGCGUUGCGAUCAAUCGAUGCCAUAUUUUUUAUAGGCCAAACCUCGGCAGUGGUGCAGCAACUGCUGCAACAGCGGCCGGCAGCAACAUCAGCCGCGAAAACGUCGAAAACCGAAAUGCAAAUUUCAAUAAAUUUAUGCAACUGUAUUCCCAGCGCUUCACUUGGCCCCAGCUGUUCAUACCCUCGGUUGGGUACUUCAAAAGUGUUUUAAAAGUUGAAAUGAUUUUUUGUCAAAAUUUUAAUUCUAAACUUUAUUUGAUGAUGUGAUCUAAUAAAGUAUUGAAAUAUUAAAAAUAGUAUAUUGGUUCCUCAUAGACAACUUAAGUAGUAAACCUUUUCGAAUCAAACACAAGGGAAAUAAUUUUUACUUUUAAGAUCCUGUCUUAGCACUUACAUAUAUAAUUUCAGUUCAAAUUUAUUUCAACUUAUUUUUUAUGUAUAAAAAAAGGACAUAUAUUUUUAUAAGACAGCUUGAAUCUUACACAAAAUAAAACCAUUAAAAUU